AUGCGGCGCUUCUCCCAAGCUCUUCCUCGUGUUCUUACUGGUGCUGUAUUGCAGCGUCAGGUCAUAAUGCCGUUCCGUCAACGCAGCUGGAAACUGCAAGUACCGCACAAAGUUGGUGCAUUCCAGUGGCGUCUAUUCUCGGCUAUUCCUAGCGAUGUAGAGCACCCGUCGAUCACGCAAGAGCUUCUGGGAGUGGAUGUGCAGCAUCGCGAAUUUAUAACAUUGCGAUGGCAAGACGGAAAGCGGAGCAAGUUUCACCUGCUGCACCUGCGCACUUGGUGCCAAUGUCCAGAAUGUGGCCAUUCGACGGGACAGAGAGUUGUGAAUUGCGCCGAGAUUAAUCAAGACAAACUAAACUUCGAGAAAGUAUUCGUGAAAGGCGACACGCUCAACAUCGUGUGGAACGACCACCACACAUCCAGCUUCUCGUGCAAGUGGCUGCUUCAAAACAGUUACUCGGACUGGGCACUAGACCAGCAUGCUCAUGAUAUGGCUACGACUCCGUUAGCACUUGAUGCUCCUAUUCCUUCGACAGAGUAUGAUCGUAUGAUGGAUACGAGUAAUGACAAGGGCCUGUACGAAGCGCUUCGCCAGGUUAUCGAAAAUGGUUUUACGGUGAUUCGCAACACGCCGUCGAUACCGGGUGCUGUCAAAAUGCUCGCAGAGCGUAUUGCACCAAUCUCGCACUCGUUCCAGUACGGCGAUGUCUUUGACGUAGUGGCAGAGCCCAAACCUGUUAACAUUGCGUACACUACUGUGUAUCUAAAGAGCCACAUGGAUUUGGCAUACUACGAGUCACCUCCUGGAUUCCAAUUCUUGCAUGCACUACGCUUCGACGAGUCGGUCAAAGGUGGUGAAUCAACAUUUGUAGAUGUGUUUGCUGUUGUCGAAGAAUUUCGUCGCCAUCAUCCUGAACAUUUCGCGACAUUUUGUCGUGUGCCCGCAACAUUUCAAAAGCGUCAUUUGGCUCGAAAAAAGGCAACGAUCUUAGAGUACCAGCGUCCACAUAUUCAGCUCAAUCACCGUGAUGAAGUCAUUGCAGUUCACUGGAGCCCUCCAUUUGAGGGACCAUUGAGAGUUCCAUUCGAUCAUGUGAUACCAUACUAUGACGCAUAUCGCGUCUUUCAUGCAUUGGUCGAAGGUGGCAACUUUCGCUAUGAAUUUCGACUGAAACAGGGUGAAACGGUCAUAUUUAACCAACGCAGAGUUUUGCAUGGAAGAAGACAGUUUACGCCAUGUUCCGAUGGUGUACGCCACCUUCAGGGCACGUACAUUAACAUUGAUGAUGCACUCUGUCGCUACAACGUACUACGCACACGAUUUGGUGCCAAUGAUGUCACUGCGAAGAAUCGCCGCGUUGCUAAUGGCAGCUUUUCAUAA